UUUCAGUUUCACAGAGUUUUUGGAUCCAUUCCAGAGAGUCAUCCAGCCAGAGGAGAUCUGGUUGUACAAAAACCCCUUGGUGCAGUCAGACAACAUCCCCACGCGCCUCAUGUUCGCAAUUUCCUUCCUCACACCCCUGGCUGUUAUUUGCGUGGUGAAGAUUAUCCGGCGAACAGACAAGACUGAAAUUAAGGAAGCCUUCUUAGCCGUGUCCUUGGCGCUCGCGUUGAACGGAGUCUGCACAAACACGAUUAAGUUAAUAGUGGGGAGACCUCGCCCCGAUUUCUUUUACCGCUGCUUUCCAGAUGGAGUGAUGAACUCAGAAAUGCACUGCACAGGUGACCCCGACCUGGUGUCCGAGGGCCGCAAAAGCUUCCCCAGCAUCCACUCCUCUUUUGCCUUCUCGGGCCUCGGCUUCACGACCUUCUACCUGGCCGGAAAGCUGCACUGCUUCACGGAGACGGGGCGGGGGAAGAGCUGGAGGCUGUGCGCCGCGGUCCUGCCCCUGUACUGCGCCAUGAUGAUCGCCCUGUCCCGCAUGUGCGACUACAAGCACCACUGGCAAGAUUCCUUUGUUGGCGGAGUCAUCGGCCUCAUUUUUGCGUACAUCUGCUACAGACAGCACUACCCGCCUCUGGCCAACACGGCCUGUCACAAACCCUACGUCAGCCUCCGAGUGCCGACCUCGCUGAAGAAAGAGGACCGGCCGGCCGCGGACAGCGCACCCAGCCUGCCGCUGGAGGGCGUCACCGAGGGCCCCGUGUGACCGGGGCCUGGGGAGGAGGGACACUGAGCGGGGGCACGCUCUCCCACCCCGACGUCACCACACAUGGGAGAGGCUUUAUGUCCGUUUCCCAUCAGCCGUUCCCUAGUUUUCCUGCUUCCCUGCUGCCGAUGGUUCCUGCUACUUAAAAUGCCGACUCUCCACUCUCGAGUUCACAGAGGAAGGACGCGGCAGCCAUCUCUGGAGACGUGUGGAAGGAGGCUGCAGGGGUGGGGCGGGGGCGGCUCGGCCGAGUCUUCCGUCUGGAGCGUUCGCUGUGACAGCCACGUUCUGUGUGUUCAUGGUUGUGAAACAAUAAAACCU